AUGGCUCCGCCACCAGAGAUUGCCAUCCCAUCCACAAGCGUCUCGCAAGAAGACGGCUCGAAGCCAUACACGCUGUACAAUAUCACACUCCGCCUCCCACUGAAAUCCUUUAUUGUCCAAAAGCGCUACUCGGACUUUGCAAAGCUUCACAACAAAUUAAUCGAACAGGUUGGUGCGGCGCCACCUGAGCCCCUCCCCGGCAAGCACUGGUUGAAGUCGACGGUGCGGUCGCCAGACCUCACAAGAGACCGACAGGUUGCGCUGGAGAAGUAUCUACGGACGAUUGCGGAAACACCUGACCGACGAUGGAGAGACACAUCCGCCUGGCGGUCGUUUUUGAACCUGCCUAGCACGAGCACCACCAGCUCGGCAGUUUCGGCGUCAGGAAUGGUCAGACCAGCCGCCACUGGAGCAGCAGAUCCCCAGACGUGGCUGGACAUGCACAGAGAAUUGAAGCAGCUUCUGAAUGAGGCAAGGCAAUGCCUGUCACGGAGAGAUGCAGCAUCCGACAGCGGCAGCAGCACGGCAGCAGCAGACGCAAGUACAGCGGCAAGCAAGGUUCUUCUUAACGCUGGAGCCCUCGUGACGAACCUAUCAGAUGGACUGCGGAAAAUCCAAGAAUCCAACAGACUGGGCGAUGGUGAGCUCCGCCGCCGCAGAGACCUAGUGUCAAACGCAAGGAUGGAGCGCGAUGCCCUGGAGAAGCUAUCUCACACGGUGCCAACGUUAUCCUCAAGCUCAUAUACCCGCAGCAACAAUAGUCACAGUCCUGCAGCCACCAGCUCCGAAAAAGCACAUGUCUUCAAGAGUGCCCGGCCAACAGGAGGUCGUGUCCUCGGUGCACCGCUCCCCGAAACCGCCAAGACUAGGGAACUGGACAACGAGGGUGUUCUUCUUCUACAGCAAAAGGAAAUGGCGUCACAGGACGAAGCCAUCGACCGCCUUGCGGAAAUUGUCCGCCGCCAAAAGGCAAUGGGCAUCCAGAUCAAGACGGAGGUCGAUGAGCAGAAUGAGAUAUUGGAUGCGCUGGAUAGGGAUGUCGACAGGGUGAAUGGCAAGGUGGAGGUGGCGAAUAGCAGGCUCAAGAAGCUGUGA